AUGGAGUCGAAGGAUAUAAAGCAGGAAGAAGAUCCUGUUGCUUUGGGCUUGUUGACUCACCAAGCUCUGAGGAAGCUCAGAGAUCAGCUAAGCAACCAAAUAGACCAGCACCAGAAAACAACAUGCAAACGGACCUCUGUAAAGGAGCAGUGGCUGAAUAGCUUCCUUUACCAUGGUAACCGCCAUUCUUGUCUCCACUGGCCAGGAGCUGCUCUGACUCUGCUCGUGGCCUUCGGAUUCUUGUGUUGCUAUGGCAGUCAGCCAAAGGGCAGUUCUGGUAGUGAGCUGGUGAAUGCUACAGCCCUGGUCAUCAUUUUGGUGUUGAAUCUGAUGUUGGUCAGAAGACAGGAGAUUCUUAAGAAGAGUGAGAUGGUUUGGCGUCUAAAAGGCAUUGUCACACAGCUCAGUGAUUAUCUAUCUGGGUAUGCUGGUGAAGUGAGGUGGACCCCUUGUCUUUACCCUGAUCUGUACACACCCUCGUCACCAUCGUGGUCCCUUCACUGGACAUACCGUGACUCCCAGUUGGUUAAUCUACCUGUCAGUCUGCUUGUGGAAGGAGAUAUAAUUGUUCUCAGACCUGGGCAAGAAGCAUUUGCAUCUCUAAGAGGAAUAAAGGAUGAUGAACACAUUGUUUUGGAACCUGGAGAUUUGUUCCCCCCAUCCUCUCCAUCUCCUACUCCACGAGCAAAGGAGAAAAUAGGACCCCAAAGUCCACAACAACAUCGCCUCUUCAGAGUUGUCAGGACUCCUGUUAUAGACAUAGUGAGGAGUAGUUUAGAAUUCGCUGGAUCCCGGCCAGUUACAGUGCUCGACAAUGAGCGGUUUACAGUACAGUGUAUCAUCACUAAGCUUGUCUGUCCUGUUGUGUUGAUUACAUUCCUGGUUGUAAACUCCAUACGCUACUUUUGUGACGCGCCCAACCUCACCCCUAACUUCUACAAUUUUUUGCAACUUCAGUUGAUGGGUGUUCUGCCAGUUUUACCCCUGCUAUUCCCUGUCAUGUGGGUGUUGGUCAACGCUUUUGGCGAGGCAAGGGUCCUAGCUGAGUUCAGCCACGCAUCCCCAGCAGGACUGCUUGCUAAAUUCUCCGAGGACACUUUAAGCAGCUACACUGAAGUGGUUUCCUCCCAGGAGAUGAUGCUUUGUGUAUGGAGACACCUAGUGGGUGUCCUGAAGGGAGAGUCUCAGACUCUUUGCUACACCUCCAGCCUUUUGCACACUCUUGGGUCUGUCACUGUAUUGUGUUGUGUGGACAAACAGGGCAUUCUGUCAUGGCCCAAUCCAAGCCCAGAGACAGUACUGUUCUUCAGCGGAAGAGUUGAACCACCACACAAUAGCCAGGAGGAUCUAAUGGAUGGCCUAUCAGUCAAUUCCUACUGCAAAAUGGAGAUAGAUGAAGACAGGGAUGAGACACAGGAGGAGGAAGCUCUCCUCUCUCUACCAGAGGAGCCCACUACUCAACAUGGGGAUAUACCUGAGGCCACUCAGACUUUGCAUGAUACAGCUCAUUUAACAGAGACAGUAACGCAUUGGCGGUCCAGCCAAUCUGUAAAUACUCGCAACAAACACAAUUCUGGGGCCAAUGGGAACUUGAGAGUCGAAGACCAAGCUCAGGUGAAUAACCUUGCCCAGGACUUUCUCAUGAAUUACCAGGAAGCUGAGGCAGACGAUUAUGUGUGUGACUAUCACCUGGAAAUGUUGAGUCUGUCACAAGAGCAGCAAAAUCCUGCAAGCAUUCAGUUUGAUGACCUGUCGUGGCAGUGUCACUUGCCUUCGCUGAAGCCGCUCGGUCUCAAUAUAAUGCUGAACCUCUGCAACAAUAAUGUCACUCAGCAGCUGUGCCGCUUCUCUGAUCAUUUGUCUAACUUGGCACUGCAAGACAGCCAUGACAAUGUGCAACCUGUUUACGUUCCAUGGGGGCUCUGCGAGCUCUCCAGGCUCAUCGGGUUCACUCCUGGUGCAAGGGAGAUGUAUAAGCAAGAGAGCCACUUGGCAGUUUACCAGCUGCCGACUGGGGAGAAUGCCAAAGAUGUGCCUGCACGCCGCUUGCAUUACUUUACUAAACGCCAACCUCCAAUCUCUCAUUUGAUCUCCCUUUUUGUACGAGAUGCUUCCUCAGAAAGUGUCCAAAUGCUGUCACAUGGCUCAGCGGACCUCAUCUUGGAGGCCAGCACUGACUUUUGGGAUGGCACUGAUAUUUAUCCACUUUCAGGCUCUGACAGAAAAAAGAUUCUAGACUUCUACCAACGUGCCUGUCUGUCUGGUUACUGCUCAGCUUUUGCGUAUAAACCCAUGCAAGGUUCAAUAUCCAGCCAGUUGAAUGGCAAGUGUGUGGAGUUGGUCUCUGGUCCAUGUCUAUUCUCAGGGCUGGAGCUGUCCUUAACCACCCCUAAGAAGCUUACUUCCAGCAGAAACAGUUGGAGCUCAGACGAAGGUAUAGGUGAAAUAAUGGAAUGUGACGAUGAUGUUCAAGCCCUUAGCGGACAGAUCUUCAUGGGCAUGGUUUCAUCCCAGUUCCAGGCCCGGCUGGAUACAGUCCAACUAAUUGAUGCACUGAUCACAGCAUGCAUUCGAUUUGUUUACUUUUCCAUGGAGGAUGAACUCCGUAGCAAGGUUUUUGCGGAGAAAAUGGGAUUAGAGACAGGUUGGAACUGUCAUAUCUCGCUGACUUCGAAUGGUGAUGGUCCAUGCGAAGGAGCUCCCUCCAGCCCCUGCCAUGGCUCUUUCCAUGAAGACCUUAACCAAGAUUCUCGGGAUGAAGCAGAAGGUCCAUUGCUGCCAGAGGAGGAGGUCCAUUUGGACAUGGCCAGUUUCCAGCCCACAGAUAGUGAUGUGCCCAGCUUCCUGGAAGACUGCAACCGGGCAAAGCUUCCACGUGGCGUUCACCAAGUUCGACCUCAUUUAAAGAACAUAGACAACGUGCCUCUAUUGGUGCCACUCUUCACUGACUGCACGCCUGACACUAUGUGUGAAAUGAUAAAGAUCAUGCAGGAGAACAGGGAAGUCACUUGCUGUUUGGGAAGCGCCGCCAAUUUUCGCAACAGCCGCCUUUUCUUGCAGAGUGACCUCAGUAUAGCUCUAGAUCCUCUGUACCCCUCCCAGUGUUCAUGGGAAACAUUGAGUUAUGCCACCAAGGGUGCGUUCAACAGGAGCACUGAAGGUCUUUCCCCUUUGAGACUCUCAGGGCAACUUAACUGUCUCGGAUGUGCUGUGACUUUUCACCAAGGAGAAAGUGUCAGCAUGACCAAGCUCAUUGAGCAGGCACGACAUACAACAUACGGCAUCCGCAAAUGUUUCCUCUUUCUGCUACAGUGCCAGCUCAGUCUGGUCAUCAUACAGUUUUUAGCCUGUUUAGCUCAGCUCCCUCCGCCCAUGAACACCACAGACAUUCUCUGGCUCUCCUGCUUCAGCUGCCCACUGCUAAGCCUGUCACUUCUGGGAAAGCCUCCAGAUAGCUCAGUAAUGACUGUUGCCACCGGGAAGAACCUUGAUGGCAUUCCAAAGAAGACUCAAAACUACUUCCUUGGCUGUUUUGUUUUGAAGUUUGGCCUGACAAUUUGUGCCUAUUUAUUGGCCUUUGGAUUCACACUUCAAGAGGUCUGUCAAAGCGCGAACUUAACCACAUUUGAUAACGCCACUGGAAAUUGCCUUCAUAUCCUUACAGCCAGCUCCUCAAACCAUGCUCCUCGUUGGUUCAGUGAUCUGUCGAAUGGGUUGUUGCUGACACAAAAGGUCAUGACAGGCUUCCUGGUCUUACAUACAGUGGUCAUCUCACUCUGCUAUGUCCACCGUUCUCAGUCUCUGUGGCGAAAGAGUCCUUUCAGCAAUUCCUGGUGGUGUGUCACUGUACCUGUGGUUCUUGUAAGUCAGAUUGUCCAGGCCACCGUGGAUUACCAGUUGUGGCAUGACCAGGGCACUUCUCUGAACUUUGGUCUCAGUGACAUACCUCUGCUCGGCUGGCUGUUGGUCUCUCUGUCCCUUCUCCUGGUGGUUGUGGUCAAUGAGGUGGUGAAGCUACAUGAGAUAAGAGUGCGAGUUCGCUACCAGAAGAGACAGAAACUACAGUUUGAAACAAAGCUUGGAAUGAACUCUCCAUUCUGA